AUGACGUACACCAUCGAACUUGUCAACAACUCCGGCUCUCCCGGAAAGUACUACAAUAUCUUCUCAGCCAAGGCCGGUGUCGAGGGAGGUGCAAACACCCCCGAUACGGUCAAGUCCGUUGUUUGGUUCCGAAGCACCAAGCUAGGACCCGGACAGCGAGACUACUUUUCCUUCAGCGGCAAUGUCUAUGGGUUCCUUGGUACGAAGAGAGGAGGAACCAACGUCCAAACUCGGGAUACCAUGAAGGUCGUCGUGGGGUCACCCAGGGAUAACGGCACGAUCCUCCUUCUUGACAAGUCAUAUACGUUCUCUAGCAUUGACCCGGACGAUGACCUCGCGCUGCCGGACAACCAAGAAUUCAAGAUCGCGACCAACGCCGCCCUUGUGCCCAACAACAAUGUCAUCGGAGUGGCAAGGGAAAAGGAAACCCCCGAAGGAGCUAUUGUCGUAGCUCCUACGAAUGUUGUCGAUCUGAAGGGCAACGUCACCUAUACUUUCACGGUGAAUAAGGCGGUUUAUAUCAAAGCUACCGGUGCUGCAGAGGGGACUAUCCAAACUUGUCCGGACGAUAAUGACAAGAAGGCUGUUAAAGUCGAAUUUUCCGGGCGGAUGAAGAAGGCCGUGGUAUUUGAGGAUAGCAGUGGCAACUUUACCGUCACUUACUCAUCUGGUGAUGACUGA